CAUUUCAAGAAGACGAAGAAAGAUAGAAUGACAACAACUACAACUACAACUACACCUACACCUACACCUACACCUACUACUACAUUGAAUACAGCGACGAGCAUUAACAAUAGUAGUGCAUGUAGUAGUACAUCAUAUGAUGAGAUAGGUCGAAAGAAUUUGAUAUGGAGACUAGAGUCAUUCUAUGGACGAACGAUUAAAUCAUUAUAUUCACCGGCGUUGGCAGAGUUGGUCAGCAUUGGAGUGUGUCCAAGAUGUUGUCUAAGAUACUUCAACAUCAGAGAAAUAGGUCUAUAUCAAGAGCCAGUGCCAUUCCUAUCACAUCUAAUCAACUAUAUCGUUAUGAGAGAUCGACAUGAUACACAACAACUACAGCAGCAACAGGCAACCGAUGAAGGUAUGUUGUCUCACUCAAUCACUCACUCCUCGCAUGUUGACCGUAACUCGCUAACAACUUUGAAUGACUUAGUGUGCGUGUCAUGCUUGGGUAUGCUCCAGAAUACAAACAGUGCCAAUGAGUUCUUGGAUACAUUCUUGGACUCGAUUGGCAAGUGUAACUAUGAGUUUAUAGAUUACUCAUUGGCUUUGUGGAUGCCACAGUCUACGAUCAUCAGAGAGUACUCUAUUUGGUUCCAUUUGCAUUCACUGUUUGGCAGGGACAAUGACAAGGACAAAAAGGAUGCCAAGAUCGUCGAUAUCAAAGAGGCUGUCAAAUGGAUACUUGGACCACUGAUUGUCAAGAGGUUCAACUUCAAAUUCCAGCCAUCCAGUGACUUUAGAAUGAACAUGACCUACAGCCACGAGGAGACCAAAGACGAACAUCUAUUCCUCUUUGACAUCAAGACACAGAACAAGAAGAAGAGAAGAACAAACAACAGGAGAGUAUGUCUAUGA